AUGUUGGCUCAGGUUUUAGAUGAAAGUUUGCUGUAUGCUGAUCAUCUCUUUACAAAGAAUAAAAACACUGAAAGCAAGGAUGGAAAUAAAGAUGAAGGAAACAUUUCCUUUGGCCUGGAAUCAGAGCCCCAGUUUUCUGUAACCAUACCAGGAUUUGAUAGACAUGCAGGAAAAUUAUGGAUCUACCCCACCAACUAUCCUGUCAGAGACUACCAGUAUAAUAUAGUCAGUCAAGCUUUGUUUAAGAAUACAAUGGUGACCCUACCAACUGGUUUGGGGAAAACUUUUAUAGCCUCAGUUGUAAUGUAUAACUACUAUAGAUGGUACCCUCAGGGUAAAAUUAUAUUCAUGGCACCAACUAAACCACUGGUUGCUCAACAGAUAGAAGCUUGUUAUAAUAUUAUGGGUAUUCCCCAGGCAGAUACUGCUGAAAUGACAGGUAAUAUGGUGCCCAAUGAAAGAUUAAAAGCAUGGAAAGGAAAACGUGUAUUUUUUCUCACACCACAAGUUAUAACCAAUGAUUUAAGUCGUGGAUCCUGUCCUGCUGAAGAUGUGAAAUGUGUUGUUGUUGAUGAGGCUCACAAGGCUCUUGGAAAUCAUGCUUAUUGUCAGGUGAUAAGAGAGUUAUCUAAAUAUACCUGUAAUUUUCGUGUAUUGGCUUUAAGUGCUACACCAGGUAGUGAUAUUAAGGCUGUACAACAAGUUUUAACUAAUUUAUUGAUAUCACAUAUUGAAAUACGAACUGAAGAUAGUAUUGAUAUUAAACCAUAUACACAUGAACGAAAGGUGGAUAAGGUGGUUGUACCACUGGGUGAGGAAUUAAAUAAAGUGAAGACAAAAUAUAUUCAGAUAAUGGAUGUAGUUAUCAAGAGACUAAAUAAAUUACGAGUAGUAUAUAAUCGGCCUACUACAAGUUUCUCUAAAUUCUUACUGUUAAAAUCACGAGAUGAAUUCAGACAGAACCCACCUGAAUCUUUAAUUCCAACUCAGUUUGGAGUUGUAGAAGGUGAUUUUGCUAUGGCUAUAAGUUUAUAUCAUGGUUUUGAGUUAUUACAACUGCAUGGUUUACGGUCAUUAUAUAACUAUUUAGAUGGUAUAGUGAAUACUGACAAAGGGUAUGGUAGAACUAAAGCUGAAUUGAUACGUAAUGCUGAUUUUAAUGAUAUCAUGAAGAUGUUAUCACAGAAAUUCUCUAAAUAUGAUGAUGCAUCAGCAAGUCAAAAGCCAUCAUUUAUAGCUGGUCAUCCUAAAAUGGACAAGUUACUAGAGAUUGCUAUUCGACAUUUUGAGAAAUUUAAAGAUAAAGGAGGAACUAGGAUAAUGAUAUUUUCUCAGUAUCGAGACAGUGUGAUAGAAAUAACUAACAUGUUAAAUCAACAUCCACCAACAAUUAAAGCUAUGAGUUUUAUUGGUCAGUCAUCAGUGGGUAAAGCUGCUAAAGGUUUUUCUCAGAAAGAACAGUUGAGGGUAAUGAAAGAAUUUCGUGAGGGAGGAUACAAUACUCUAGUAUCAACAUGUGUUGGAGAAGAAGGAUUAGAUAUUGGAGAUGUUGAUUUGAUUAUUUGUUUUGAUGCCCAUAAGAGUCCUAUUAGAUUGGUACAGAGAAUGGGGAGAACUGGAAGAAAGAGAGAAGGAAGGAUUGUUAUGUUGGUGACUGAAGGCAAGGAAGAGCAGAUUUAUAACCAAAGUCAGUAUUCUAAGAAAUCAAUUCAUAAAGCUAUACUGAGUGGUGGAAAAUCUCUUCAGUUUUAUCAACACAAUCCUAGAAUGAUACCUAAUGGUUUGAUACCACAAUGUCAUAAAAUGUACAUCACUGUGCAAAAUAAUUAUAAAAACUCUAAACAAAGUAAGACAGGAAACAGUUCGAAGCAAUCUACCAUCAAAACAGGUUAG